AUGGCGUAUCAGAUGUACAGAACAACAACUCUAGGAGUUGCAUUAAGGAAUACACUUGACGAACUUGUUGAGGAUGGCACAAUCAGUCCUCCAUUAGCGCAGAAUGUUAUGGCAACAUUUGACAAAUGCAUAAAUAAAGCUCUAUCGCAACGAGUUAAGAAUAAAACCAGCUUUAAGGCUGAUAAACUUCGAGCGUAUCGAUUUUGUGAUAACGUUUGGACGUUUGUAAUGGAGAAUGUGGAAUUCCGUGAUGCGACAAGACCGAUCGAAGGUGUUAUUGAGCGUGUUAAUGUUGUUCAUUUACGUGGAAGUAGCCCGUUUCUGGAAUUAAUUUUGAACGUGAACACUAGUAGUCGUUAUUGUAAAGAGAAACGGAUAAAGAUGGCUUAUCAGAUGUACCGUACAACAACUUUAGGAGUCGCACUCCAGAAAACUUUAGAUGAAUUUAUUCAGGAUGGUCUGGUGACACCACAACUGGCGAUGAAAGUAUUGACAACGUUCGACAAAGCGAUUAAUAAGGCGUUGCAAGUUCGAGUCAAGAAUAAAGUUACAUUCCGAGCUGAUAAGUUGAUAACUUAUCGAUUCUGCGAUAAUGUUUGGACGUUUGUGAUGGAGGGAGUCGACUUUCGUGAAGCAUCGAAUUCGUUUGGUGAACGGGUGGAUCGUGUCAAGUUUGUGGCUUGCGACGGUCGAAAUCAGGCGUUGGCCCUGCAGCAACCUUAA